UUCUAAGUGUAUCUGCGCGUGUCAGGAGGGAAGGAGCGGGGCCGUUUGAAGGUUCCUCAGCAGCAGUCGCACGCGCCCGGUUUGCUUGCGCCAGCGGACCCACGAGGCAGCUGGAGUGGAUACGAGACGCGCGUGCUAUAGCGCAUCGUGCUGCUUUGGAGUUACGCGCGGAGGUUCAAGUCAAACAGAGACAUUGUGUCGGUGCGUUCUGUAAGACUUCGCGUGAGAAAGGAAGAGGCAGACAGUCCAAACCCACACCGACAGACAGACAGACAGACCACCUGGAAAAGUUGGCUGGGGGCAGCGCGUGCACGCUCUAAACAGCAACGGGAAAAGUCUUUCCUGUUUGACUCCUGAGGAGCUCAGCGGAAUGUUCGCCCCGUGACGGACCCAGCCAUCAGUCCUGCGCUGCUCUGAGUCGGAGGGGGUUCGGCUCGGAGAUCCAGGCUGCGCUCGCUCCACCAUGUCAGUGGAGCCCGAGUAGACAGACAGAGAAAGAGAAGAGAAAGGUGAAAAAGAAGUACAGCAAACUGAGCAGAGGGAUUACAGCCGGACACGACAUGUUCCUGAUUAACAUCAUCUCAGUGGUGUUUGUGUUGGAUGUGUGUGUGUGUGAGUUGGAGCUGGGAUCUCCUGGCUGGAGGGAACCUCCGGACUGCGUGCGAGCUUCUGAGCUGUGCAACCAGAACAGUCAGUGCAGCUCCCGCUACCGAAUCAUGCGCCAGUGUCUGUCUGGCGGGGACAAGGAGCGCAGCACCAUGCUGGCCUCCAAGGAGUGCCAGGGGGCGCUAGAGGUGCUGCAAGACUCGCCGCUCUACGACUGCCGCUGCAAGAGAGGAAUGAAGAAGGAGCUGCAGUGUCUGCAGAACUACUGGAGCAUCCACAUGGGCCUGACUGAAGGUGAAGAAUUCUACGAGACGUCUCCAUACGAACCCAUUCAUUUCUCGGAGGAAUUCAGACACGCCUCCAUUAUCUCAGACUCAUCCUUGUUGAAGACGAGGCCCUGCUCUGAGGCAGGGAAACCCUGUAAUCCCUGUGUGGAUGCAGCUAAAGCCUGUUACCUGAACGAAACCUGCAGACGCCUGCGAUCAGCCUACAACAUUAUCUGCAACAAGGGCACGCCCCCACAGGCCCCUGCAGCCAACCAGGAGCCAUGCAGCAGGAAGAGGUGUCAGAAGGCCCUGCGGCAGUUCUUCGAGCGGGUCUCAUGGGAGCUGAGCUACCCUCUGCUGUUCUGCUCCUGCCUGGACCAGGCGUGUGCUGAGCGCCGCCGCCGCACCAUCAUCCCCUCCUGCUCCCACCAGGAGAGGCAUAAACCCACCUGCCUGGAACUCCGACGCACCUGCCGCUCCGACGCCCUGUGCAGGUCUCGCCUUGCUGAUUUUCACAUGAACUGCCAGAUGACAUCUCACACCGCCACCAGCUGUCCCUAUGACAACUACAUAGGCUGCCUCAUGUCCUAUGUGGGCCUCAUUGGCUCAGACGUAACACCGAACUACAGCGACAACAGCCCCACCAACAUCACCAUCAGCCUGUGGUGCACCUGCAGGGGCACGGGUCAUCAGGAGCAGGACUGCGACGCCUUCCAUCGGGACUUCACCCACAACACCUGCCUCAAAAAUGCCAUCCUGUCAUUUGGUUAUGGAUCUGAAGGAGCUGCUCCUCCUGUAACCGAGCAACCGUCCACUUUCCUGCCACCUGAUCACCCCAUCAUCUCCAAACCGGCUCCCUCUCUGCACGGCAAGGCCAUCAAACCCGUAGACGCUGCCUGCAUGUUCUCCACCUGUGCCAACCUGCAGGAUGGAGGUCAGAAGUGCAUACCGUCUGAAGACUACAGGUGUGAGGAUACUUUGUUAGCCCAGGGGUCAAUAGACUCUCAGGAAUCGGUGGGACCUAAAAGCAGCAGCAGCCAGCAAUCAGCGCCUCUACUCCAACACAUUUCUGUGACUGUUUGUGUGUCCAUUCUGCCAGCACUUCUACACUUCAUGUCAUAAAUUUGAACUCACACACAUCCAGACAUAACCACAUACACACAAUCCUAAAUGUCAAGCAACAGAUGUCGAAGCAUCCACUACGGCCUUUUUUUGAUGAGUGUCUGGAGCCGGUCCAGAUGAGCGGUCCUUCUGCACAACACAGUCACACACCGGCCAUGGGAGGGAGAACGGAAGCAGCUGCACUUUCGUGUGUUGUAUGUGAUUAAAAAAAGGAAUCAGAAACACAAAUAAGAGACUCUUGGGACUCUGGUUCACAGUGACUUCACUUUCAAUGCUCUGAGUCUUCACGGUGUGUGUGCUCUCUGUGCUCGGACUCACUCCCCCAGGCCCGUCUGGAUCUGAGACAGCUGGGCCGACAAACACUGGAAGCGAGCACAUGACUGUGUGCACACACACUCACACACAAUUUGAUCAGAAGUGUUAGAGUUGGCAGCUUCAGAGAGAGGAGAAAGAAACAACAGGGAAGGACAGCUGGGACAGAUCCUUCCAUGAGGUUUGUCAACUCAAUUUAUCCUCCCUCAGACCUCCCUAGUGGCAACAAAUCUACACAACAUACAAACAUCACACAAGCCCACCUACAUUUAUCCUGUCAUUUUCCCCUUAGACCUACUUAGCGGGUAAACAGGGUUCCCACAUGGACACAAACACUCAUGCUGUACACCAGUGUGCUAUUUGUGGGUCUUUAUCUUCAUUUUGUGGUCUACAUCUUGUACAAAUUUCAUUCACUGUGGAAAAUGAAAAGUAAAAAGUCCAGUGAAUGAG